AUGGCUCUUAACCUCGAUGAUCUCAUAGGCUCCAUGCAGUCCGUCCAUGCAGGCGAUCGCGGACAAGGUAUCGAGGAGAUCCGAGAGAACCUCCGGCUGACACUUGGUCAGUCGGCCAUGGGACCUCUUCAAGUCGAGGGCUACUCGUCGGCAUCGGGAAGUGGCGCCAUGAGAAUCAAUGGGAGAUACGGAAGAUACGACACUGGUGCUUCGGGCAGUGGUAGCAGUGCAGCGGGCACCGCCAAGAAGAGGCGCAUGCUCAAUCGCAACGGCUAUCCUCAGCCACAUCACCAUGCUCACCCUCCAGCUUUGCAUAUGAGGCAGCGUCCGCACUACAGCUCCCCUUCCCACUCUCGUAGCAGGGAAAGGGCGCGAGGAGGAUCAGGUCUCGCCUUCAAAGACUCGAUUGAAGGCCAGCAUUCUGAUUUGAUAGACGGAGGAGAGGAUGCAGUUGGAGACUCAACGAUGACUGGCGAGGACGGCGCCGGCACAUCCUACUUCAGUGGCAGCAUCAACAGAAACUCAAAUUACCACUUGAGCAACAGCGGUGGAGACUAUAGCAUACCUUAUCCAUCGCCUGUCAACGGACUCACCUCAACACACACGCAACGCCUUCCAUCGGGUGCGGCGUCUGCAGCAGACAUGGCACUGUCGCCCGCCACAUCAUCGUACCCGAGGAGCUACACCUCCAACACGUCCUCUAGUGGCGCUGGCCCUUCUUCCUUUGCAUCCACAUCCGCAUCAUCGCAUUCAGCAGCUGGCUCCUCGGGCUUCUAUGGGAUUGGCAACGGAGCAGCGCCACCUGCAAAUACACCACAGCAGACGCCGAGUGACAGAGAUGACACUGCUCUGCUCCACCGAGUCGCCAGACCAGACGGUCGUGGAGAGGAUCUGAUUUGGGAGGGAAGUGAAGAUGUCGAGGGUGAGGCUGCAGUGGGCGCAUCAGCCGUCUCGGACAUCGAUGUCCUUGACGAAGAGGAGCCAGGACCUGUGUCGAAGUACCUGGCAUCUCCCCCGAAUGAGGCAAGGGGCAGUGGAGGUAGCUCAUCAGGAGGGUAUGAUCUCUCGCGACCUGCUUCCAGUAGUCCCAAGAAGCUAGUCAAUGGCUUCACGCCUACGCUUCUGUCUUAG